AUGACCUCCGCAAUCUUCACCUUACUUUACAGUGAUGAUUACUUGCCAGGAGCAUUAGUAUUAGCAAUUGCAUUGAAAAAGCUCCUUGCCAAAUCCCAGACCGUAACAAGUCCAAAGUUAUGUGUUCUUAUCGAUAAGCAGGCUUUCACCCAAAACCAUUUGCUGCUUUUGAGUCAGUUUUAUGACGACUUGGUUGAUAUCGACCCUAUAAGUACCAAGGAUAUUGAUACAUUGAAUAACGACUUGGGCAGACCGGACCUUAACAAAACAUACAGCAAAAUUCUUCUCUGGUCCUUGACUCAGUAUGACAAGAUUCUUUACUUGGACGCCGAUACACUUCCGAACAUUAACGGUUCGCUUACGGUGGUUGAUCUUUUGGACCUCGACUUCCCACAAAACAAAAUUUUAGCGGCACCAGACAGCGGGUUUCCUGACAUCUUCAACUCUGGCAUGUUUCUCUUGCGACCAAAUGUCACUGACUUUGGUCGUUUGAGCCAACUUGCGUCUUCUUCUGAAGGCUCGGUUUCCUUCGAUGGUGCGGACCAGGGUCUUUUAAACCAGUAUUUUAAUCCAAACCCAGAUUGGGUUUCAGACCUUUUGUGCUCCAAUCGUACUAACGUCAACGAAGCGCAGGGCUUUACAACGUCUUCAUGGGUCAAAUUGCCAUUUUUAUACAAUGUCACUCCGUCGGCUCAAUAUGAGUAUCUACCAGCGUUUAAGCAUUUUACUGACGACAAUAGCCCUGUGAAUCAAAGUCGUGGUCUGUCUUAUGCUCCAGGUCCUGAAGAAACCAAGUAUGCUGGUGUUUCGGAAACUCUUAGUAGAUAUCACUCAACUGCUGCAUCUUAUUUCAACUCCGGUUCGCUGUCUGCCUUUGGUGCCAAUGCCAAAACCAAGCUCGUUCAUUACAUUGGACCUUUCAAGCCAUGGAAUUCGAACUGGAAUGACCCUUCCUAUGGCGAGUGGUGGAGUCUCUGGUUUGGCCAAUUUCACGAUACCAUUGAAAGUGUUCUAGGAUGGACUUCGGAGGAACCUUCCAAGACAAUUGAAAAACACCCUCAACCCCAUAAAGAGUCACAUAUAGAAAAGGAAUCCACUUUUGAUCCUUCCACUCUCUGUGAUCCAGUCAAUUACAAGCACAUUCCUGACACUGUUCGUCCAAGUGCCGACGCUCUUUGGAACCCAGCAAAUGCACCUCCACCGGCGCCAGAACCCGAUUAUAAAAGCACAUUUGAUAUUGGCGAGUUCAAGAGCUCAUGGGAUGAGGAACCUCGUCAAGCUCAACAAGAGACUCAAGAAGCUGUUGCAGACACUCAAAAGGGUGAACCUACCAUUGAGCCUGGGUAUGGGUAUCAUCCUUCCCAACAACCAGAACGUGUGUUCGAAUCUUCUCAAGACUUUGUUUUAAGCCACCCUCUUUAUAAUAAGCAGUUGGUGGAAGACAUUCAAGUUGAUAAGGAACAAGACGGAGAAGUGACAGUAGCACAGGUCGAAGAAAGGUUCCAAGAGAUUGGUUUGGUUGAAAAUGAAGUUGAAAUGGAUCCCGAGAUUAACGAAGAAGACGAGUUUAAUCAUGGAGCUCCACAAUUGUUUCCUUGGGAGCGCAAUCAACGUCGUCCGGAACGGGUGUUUGAUUGGUAG